GCGGCAAUUCCCGACGAGUGAAAUCAGUUCCCUAAUGCACGCCAAGACCCAACUCCGAGGCACAGCACUUAUUUUGACGAGUUCAGACGCCCGCGCAGCACCCUCAAGAGGACCCACUAUCAAUGCAGAAGAAGGCACCCGCUGCCCACGCCAAGUACCUUCAUGCAAUAUCAAACAGGCGAAAGAUACCGAUGGCUUGAUCUACCCAAGGAUGGCUGAUGGAAGUUAUGGCCACCCUCACUACAAGGCCGUUCGUCCCCCCGCGUCUCUCGACCAUUUCGACUUCGACCGGCGUCAACCUGAAAAACCGUGUCCUACAAGCCCAGCAUUCUAUACCGCUCGUCCCGAAUGCUACGAUCAGCUCUCGUCGUUAGAAUCAGCUGUCCAACAUACGAAAACAGCACUUACGACGUGCCACCUCCUUCCUCUUCCCCAAUUUGCUCGGGAGGCGCUCCCACCGCGUGUCAAUGCUUGGGUAGACAAGCGCGAGCUCGGCCUCAAGGCUCAAACUGAGGAGCACACUCACUACGAGCCGUUACAGGCGAGUGGUUCUCGCGUUCAAUGAGCUCGAGACCUAUAGGUCCAUUGCAGAAAAGGCUGGGAUUGCAUAGUUGCAGGAAGGUAUCAGAGGUAUCACAGAACUGUUCAAGCGUGCAAACGCCACGACGAUGCAACGGAAACGGACAGCGCGCUUACGGACCUUCUCAACCCCAAUUCUUCAUCAAGGAGCGACGACCAUGUUUCGACGUCUCAAAUUAUUGUCAACAACUCCCCCCUUUGUGAGCGACCUCACGGCUCGGUGGAUUGGUCGGUGUAUCUGAUUAGUCCUGCAUCAUUCAGGCAUCUCCGGAGGGUCUGGUUAUUACAUAGUAGUAC